GGCACAGACAGCAGCCAUGGCGACGCCCCUCUCCCACCCCCAGCGGCGUCCUCCCCUCUUGCGCCAAGCCAUCAAGAUAAGACGUCGAAAGGCCCGAGAUGUGCAGGAUCCCCUGCCCCGGACGGUUCAGGAGGUUGAGCCUCCAUCCCACCACUUCUCCCCUGAGGAGCGGGCCCUGCUCUACGAGGAAGCCCUCUACACGGUCCUGCACCGGCUGGGCCAGCCCGAGCCCAACCACGUGUCCGAGGCCUCUGAGCUACUGCGUUACCUGCAGGAGGCUUUCCACUUGGAGCCGGAAGAGCACGCGCAGAUGCUGCAGCAGGUCCGGCAGCUUGAGAAACCAAUGUUCUUUCUGAAGGCCACGGUGAAGCAGGCCAAGGGUAUUCUGGGCAAGGAUGUCAGUGGGUUCAGUGACCCCUACUGCCUGCUGGGCAUCGAGCAAGGAGUGGGCGUGUCCACGGGCAGCCCUGGGGCCAGGCGGCGGCAGAAGGCCGUUGUCAGGGACAUGCUUCCCGAGGAGCAGACCCACCGCACCCAGGUCAUUCCACAGACGCUCAACCCUGUCUGGGACGAGACCUUUAUCCUAGAAUUUAAGGACAUAGCCAGUGCCAGCUUCCAUCUGGACAUGUGGGACCUGGACACAGUGGAGUCUGUCAGACAGAAGCUAGGGGAGCUGACAGACCUGCAUGGGCUACGCAGGAUCCUUAAGGAAGUGCGGAAGGACAAAGGCCAGGACGACUUUCUGGGCAACUUGGUUCUGAGGCUGCAGGACCUGCGCAGCCGUGAGGACCAAUGGUUCCCUUUGGAGCCCUGCACAGAGACCUACCCAGACCGCGGCCAGUGCCAUCUGCAGUUCCAAUUCAUCCAUAAGCGGAGGGCCACUCGGGCCAGCCGCUCCCAGCCCAGCUACACGGUGCACCUUCACCUUCUGCAGCAGCUGGUAUCCCACGAGGUCACGCGGCACCAGGCAGGGAGCACCUCCUGGGAUGGGUCACUGAGCCCACAGGCUGCCACCAUCCUCUUUCUCCACGCCACCCAGAAAGACCUGUCCGACUUCCACCAGUCUAUGGCGCAGUGGUUGGCCUACAGUCGUCUCUACCAGAGCCUGGAGUUCCCCAGCAGCUGCCUCCUGCACCCCAUAACCAGCAUUGAGUACCAGUGGAUCCAGGGCCGGCUCAAGGAAGAACAGCUGGAGGAGCUGGCCACAUCGUUCAGCUGCCUGCUCACCUACGGCCUCUCACUCAUCCGGAGGUUUCGCUCCGUCUUUCCUCUCUCCGUGGCCGAUUCCCCAGCUCGGCUGCAGUCCCUCCUCAGAGUCCUGGUGCAGAUGUGCAAGAUGAAGGCUUUUGGGGAACUGUGUCCUGACAGCCCCCCACUGCCCCAGCUGGUGACAGAGGCCCUGCGGAGUGGCACAGUGGAGUGGUUCCACCUGAAACAGCAGCACCACCAGCCCAUGGUGCAGGGCCUGCUGGAGGCGGGCAAGGCUCUGCUGAGCCUGGUACAGGACGUCACGGGUGACCUGCACCAGUGCCAGCGCACAUGGAACAAGAUCUUCCACAACGCCCUCAAGAUCGACCUCUUCCCCCUGGCCUUCCUGGAGCUGCAGUGGCUGGUGGCCAAGCGGGUGCAGGAUCACACGGCGACUGUGGGCGAGCUGGUGUCCCCGGAGAUGGGGGAAAGUCUGUUCCAGAUCUAUGUCAGCCUCAAGGAGUUCUGCCGGCUGAGUCCCAGCCCUGCAGAGAGGGACGGGGUCCUAGCCCUGGACGGCUUCCAUCGCUGGUUCCAGCCGGCCAUCCCGUCCUGGCUGCAGAAGACCUACAGCGUGGCCCUGGCGCGCGUGCAGCGAGCAGUGCAGAUGGACGAGUUGGUGCCGCUGGGAGAACUGACCAAGCAUAGCACCUCAGCCGUGGAUCUGUCCACCUGCUUCGCCCAGAUCAGCCAAACAGCCCAGCAGCUGGACUGGCCUGACCCAGAGGAGGCCUUCAUGAUCACCGUCAAGUUCGUAGAGGACACCUGUCGGCUGGCCCUGGUGUACUGCAGCCUCAUCAAGGCCCGGGCCCGGGAGCUUUCUGCAGGCCAGAAGGACCAGGGUCAGGCAGCCAACAUGCUGUGUGUCGUGGUGAAUGACAUGGAGCAGCUGCGACUGGUCAUCGGCAGGCUGCCCACCCAGCUGGCGUGGGAGGCGCUGGAGCGGCGGGUCGGGGCUGUGCUGGAGCAGGGACAGCUGCAACACACGCUGCACGCCCAGCUCCAGGGCGCCCUGGCGGGACUGGGCCAUGAGAUUCGCACUGGUGUCCGCACCCUGGCAGAGCAGCUGGAGGUGGGCAUUGCCAAGCACAUCCAGAAGCUUCUGAGUGUCCGGGAGUCCAUCCUGCCUGAGGACGCCAUUGUACCCCUGAUGAAGUUCCUGGAGGUGGAGCUCUGUUACAUGAACACCAACUUGGUGCAGGAGAACUUCAACAGCCUUCUGGCCCUUCUGUGGACACACACACUCACGGUUUUGGCGGAGGCGGCCGCCACCCAGAGAAACUCCCCACUGGCUUCCAACAGACUGAAGAUUGUUCUCCAGAACCUGGAGGUCUGCUUCCAUGCCGAGGGCUGUGGCCUGCCACCUGAAGCCUUGCACACUGCCACCUUCCAGGCCCUGAGCAGGGACCUGACACUACAGGAGGCCUCCAGCCGGCAGCUUAUCCAGAAGUAUUUCUGCAGCCGCCUGGAGCAGCAGGCAGGAACCCCCUCUGAGGAGCUGGGAGUGGUCACCCUCAAGGCUUCCUACCUCACCUCUGAGCAGAAGCUGCGUGUUGAGCUGCUCAGCGCCUCUGGCCUGCUGCCCCUAGACUCCAACGGCUCCAGCGACCCCUUUGUGCAGCUGACCUUGGAGCCUAGGCACCUGUUCCCCGAGCUGGCCCCGCGGGAGACCCAGAAGCACAAGAAAGAUCUUCACCCGCUGUUUGAUGAGACCUUUGAGUUUCUGGUGCCUGCAGAACCAUGCCAAAAGGAAGGGGCUUGCCUCCUGCUCACCGUGCUGGACCACGACACGCUGGGGGCUGACGACCUGGAAGGCGAGGCUUUCCUACCCCUGCACUCCGUGCCUGGCCUGCCUGGGGACGAGGGGCCUGGCGAGGUGCCCCAGACCCGCCUGCCCCUCACCUACCCUGCACCCAAUGGGGACCCAAUCCUGCAGCUGCUGGAGAACCGCAAAGGGGACCGUGAGGCCCAGGCCUUCGUCAGGCUACGGAGACAGAGGGCCAAGCAGGCCGCACAGCACUUGCCGAGGCCAGGGCGGUAGC